CAAGCUUGUGAGGAGCCAGAGUGUAGCGGUGAGGCGAGGAGGGCGGUGCCGGGCCGCUCCCACUCAUGUUGUGACGCUCACAGUACCGCCGUGAUGGGCUUUCCAACAGCGGAGGCGACUUGAAUGGUGCUGUGGGAAGCGUUUGUGAAGUGUAGUGUACCACGUGCUUACUGCCUCGUGUGUUAAUCAUAUCAACUGUUCUUGAGUUGUGAAGGGCAGCGACUUCACACAGUGUGUCGUGUGUAAGGUCAUACGACCAGCGACACUUUUAGUAUGCAACAUUGCACUCUCCUACGCGUUGGCUUGUGUGAAUUGUUGGCGUGGUGGCCAUAGCGUGUGGCCACAUCUGCUCUCUUUUUCGGCCCAGGUUGCAUUUGUGGCCACGGCUCGACCGGCAGUGUCACAGGUGGGUGGCUCCUGGCCCCGACUUGCGGCUGGCCGAGAGAGGCUGGCCGACUGGACGAGGCGGAGACUAAGAAACGUGUAAACCAUUGUGUGUCCAGGAGAGUGUACAAAGGCAACUGCCCAUGUUGUGCGCCCCGGGCGAGGAGGAUGAGUCUGUGUGUUGCGUAAUGCAGAAGUGGUUUAAGAGUCGCGGUGGCGGGGAGGGCGGCAGUGGACGUGCACCGCCCAUGGGUCUCAGUAACUCCGGCAAGGGACGCGCGUCCCUGCGCGACACCCAGGCAGCCCUAGCCACCGCCCUAGAGUCCCUCGCUGUCAAAGACGGUGCCAUCAAGCGCCUGGAGGAGGAACUACGGGAGAAGGAGGCAACCAUCGCCACCCUCAACACCCAGCUUGACAAACUGCGGUCAGUGUUGCCACCGCUGACAGGCCAGCGUCCGCACUCUCUACACGGCCGCAUCUCCCUGCGCUCCCUCACCUGCCGCAACAACAACAGCGAGCACCACAACCGCAACAGCCUCCAGAAUGACCGCUACUACACGCCGCCGUCCUCCUCCAACCUCAGUAUUAUCGAGGGCGUGAGUGAGGGCGCCGAGGCCAGGGUCAAGAGGACCGCCAUCUCCGCCGAGCCCGCAGCCCAGGACUUCGAAGAGUGCUACGACCCGCACUACGCCCCCGUUGUCGUCCCCAAAAGUCAGAAGUAAGUGUUGACAUUAUCUGUUUG